AUGUAGCUUCGAAGUGGAAAAUUAAAUCAACCUCCAAAAAGAUAAUACAUCUCUCCAUAUCAAAUAUUUUAUAAAGAGCAACUUAAAAUAAUGUUGAGUUAAGGAGUUGGUAUAAAUAUGGUUGGCGCUCAAAUCUAAAAAGCAUGGUCAGAAAUGUCAUCUGAGAUGCAUUAAUAUUAUGAAGAUUAAUUUGAAUAAUGUGAAGAUAAAUUUUAAGAGUAGCUCAUAUACUUUUAUGGAGGAGAUUAAAGACAUAUCAACUAAUUGAAUGAACUCAAAAAUAUACCUUCAAAACCAAAAAGACCUCUUACUCCUUAAUUUGAUUAUGUAAUUAAAAAUAGACAUAAAUUUUCAUCUAAAAAUUUAAAUUGGAAAUAGUCUUUCUCACUUUUGGUUGAAGAAUAUUGUAAAUAAUCUUAAAGAGUUCGAGAGUAAUUAGAGGUUGAUUUUGAAAGGAAAUUGAAAGAUUAUAAAGAGGCAAUAGAAAAAUGGAAUGAGUAAAGAAUAUUAUGUAAUUUUUAGAAAGUAUGCUGAAAAGUAUAAAACUUUAAAAAAAAAUNUUAUGUUACUCUUUAAUAAUUCAUUCUCCUCCCUCAACAACUUAAGUUAUGUCGCAACUAUUUCUAACUCAUUUUGA